AUGAUGCAGAUUUUUAUUUUCCUUGUUUUCAUAUUGAGACAGGGACUGGGUCUGAUUCGCUAUUCUAUUUCAGAAGAAUUGGAAUAUGGCUCUGCUGUCGGGAAUAUUGCUGAACAUUUAGGACUAAUCGCUCGAGAAUUAUCAGCACGAAAAUGCCGCUUAAUUUCCGCUGACGGAAGCCGCCACUUCCAGGUAAAUUUAGAGACUGGUGUCCUGUUUGUUAGCGGUCGAAUAGACAGAGAACAGCUUUGUGCACAAAGCCUGUCUUGUAAUCUUGGUUUCCAGAUAAUACUAGAAAACCCCCUCGAAAUGUACCGCGGUGAAGUGGAGAUUCUCGAUAUAAAUGAUAAUUCGCCUUCUUUCCCAGAGAACGCCAUUGUUUUACAAAUGGCUGAAUCUGUUGCACCGGGUUCGCGCUUCCCGCUAGAGAGCGCGCUUGAUCCAGACAUAGGAAUAAACACGGUCAAUACGUAUUUAAUCAGUCCCAACGAGAACUUUGGUUUGAAAGUGCACGUCAGAAAGAAUACUGUUACAAAUGCAGAGCUACUGUUGGAGAAAUUUUUGGACCGUGAAAAGCAGGCAUCGUUCCAGCUUGUUCUGACGGCUGUUGACGGCGGCAAACCUCAGAGAACCGGAACUACUCAACUCACCAUUAAUGUAUUGGACAGUAACGAUAAUGCGCCUGUAUUCGAGAAUGAUAUAUAUACUGCGAGCCUGGAAGAAAACGCACCAGUAGGAACCUUGGUGAUCAAAAUCAAUGCUGUCGAUCUGGACCAAGGUACGAAUGCAGAGUUUAAAUACUCGUUUUCUAAUCUUGUCCCAGAGAGAGUGCAGGAAUUAUUCAGUCUGGACCCUGAAAGUGGAGAGAUCAAAGUUCAGAAACUUCUAGAUUAUGAAAAUGAGAAAAGUUAUGAACUUGAUGUCCAGGCCGUGGAUAAUGGUUCACCGUCCAUUACCGGACAUUCCAAAGUGCUGAUCGAUUUGAUUGAUAUGAAUGAUAACGUCCCUAAGAUAACAGUGACCUCCAUGUCUGGGAAAGUCCCCGAGAAUGCUGCACCCGGGACAGUGGUUGCUCUAGUUGAUAUAAUUGAUCGCGAUUCCGGAGCAAACGGAGAAGUUCACUGUGAUAUGACAGUGGACCUUCCCUUUAAAUUUCAGUCAUAUCUGAACAACCAUUAUAAAGUGACCACCACUCGUCUGUUGGAUCGAGAAACCACACCAACAUAUAAUAUACCUGUCACAGUCUGGGACUCCGGCUCUCCUCCACUAUCAACAAAUACAACCAUCGAGAUACUGGUGUCUGAUGUAAAUGACAAUACACCACAAUUUUCCCAGUCUUCUUACGCCGUCUAUGUGAUGGAGAAUAACGUUCCGGGCGCUUCUAUUUUUGCACUGACCGUAUUCGAUCCUGAUCUGGACCAAAAUUCUUAUAUCUCUUAUUCAUUCACGGGGAAUCUGCAGGAUUCGGUGGUGCCCACUUACUUCAGCAUUAACUAUAUGAACGGGACCAUUUACGCAUUACGCUCAUUCGACUACGAGCAGGUUAAAAGCUUCCAGUUCCAUGUUCAAGCCCGUGACGCCGGAGUGCCCCCGCUGAGCAGCAGUGCUACAGUGAGUGUCAUCAUCCUGGAUCAAAAUGACAACGCACCAGUGAUUGUUUAUCCUUCCGCACCGGGUGGAUCAUCACCCAUGGAGAUCCUGCCCCAUUCAGCGGGUCAGGGGUACUUGGUCACCAAAAUCAUGGCGACUGAUGCAGAUUCUGGUCAGAAUGCUCGUCUCUCCUAUCAGAUAGUUCAAGCAACUGAUCCCACUCUCUUUAGCGUAGGUCGGAAUUCAGGGGAAAUCAGAACAACGAGAAGUAUCUUGGAACUCGAUGAUACCUCGCAGAAUAUACUCGUCUUAGUGAGAGAUAACGGACAGCCGAGCCUGUCCAGUACAGCGACAAUAGUUUUAUCGAUUUUAGGGAAUGUUACUGAGAGUGUCACCGAAACUAGGGAUUUUGAUAUUAAUCCUAGUUAUGUUUCGGACAUGAAUUUUUAUUUACUUGUCACGUUCGGAUCAACAUCGAUUUUGUUCUUUCUGAUCAUUGUCUUCUUGUUUGUAGUAAAGUGUAAACAAGAUGGGGGCAUAGUUCUAGAUGGCGGAUGCCCAAAUUGUUGUUGCAAACCCAGGAACUCGAAGGAAGUAUUUAUUCGGGGCGAUGUGCGAAGCGAUCCUUUAAAUUGCGCUGGAACUGGUCAGAAUGGAUCUUUCCCCGAGGGUUAUCAGUACUCGGUGUGUUUGACACCGGAAUCAUCGAAGAGUGAAUUUCUUUUCCUGAAACCCUACAAUCCAAACUUCACUCAAGUUCAACAGACAAUGGUGAAUUCGCAGAACAACAACGCCAUGGUACUGUUGAUGCUGAAUUUUAUUCUCCUUUUCAUACUGAGACAGGGAUCGGGUCUGAUUCGCUUUUCUAUUCCAGAGGAAUUGGAAUAUGGCUCUUCUGUCGGGAAUAUUGCUGAAAAUUUAGGACUAAUCGCUCGAGAAUUAUCAUUACGAAAAUGUCGCCUAGUCUCCGGUGACGGAAGCCGGUAUCUAGAGGUAAAUUUAGAGACUGGGCUCCUGUUUGUGAGCGGUCGGAUAGACAGAGAGCAGCUUUGUACACAGGGUCCUACUUGUAAUAUUGCCUUUCAGGUAGUACUAGAAACCCCCCUCGAAAUGUACCGCGGGGAAGUGGAGAUUCUUGAUAUAAAUGAUAAUCCGCCCUCGUUCCAAGAAAACACCAUUGUCUUGCAAAUGGCUGAAUCUGUUGCACCGGGUACCCGCUUCCCACUAGAGAGCGCACUUGAUCCAGACGUGGGAUCAAACACAGUUAAAACGUAUACCAUCACUCCCAACGAGAACUUUGGUUUGAAGGUGCACAUCAGAAAGAAUACUGUUACAAAUGCAGAAUUGGUGUUAGAGAAAUCUUUGGACCGUGAGAAACAGGCAUCUUUUGAUCUUGUACUGACGGCCGUUGACGGCGGCAAUCCUCCGAGAUCUGGCACAACUCAAAUCAAAAUCAAUUUGUUGGACAUCAAUGAUAAUGCGCCUAUGUUCGAGAAUGAUGUGUAUACGGCAAGGCUGAAAGAAAACGCACCAAUAGGAACCUUAGUGAUCAAAAUCAAAGCUGUCGAUCUGGACCAAGGUAUUAAUGCCGAGUUAAGAUAUUCGUUCUCUAAUCUUAUCCCAGAGAGAGUGCGUGAAUUAUUCAGUCUGGACGCUGAAACUGGAGCGAUCAAAGUUCGGGAACAGCUGGACUUUGAAAAUGAGCAAAGUUAUGAACUUGAUGUCCAGGCUGUGGACAAUGGCUCACCAUCAAUUACAGGGCAUGCCAAAGUGCUGAUCGAUUUGAUUGAUGUAAAUGAUAAUGCCCCGGAGAUAACAGUGACCUCCAUAUCUGGCAAAAUCCCCGAAGAUGUUGCGCCCGGAACAGUUGUAGCUCUACUGGACGUUACAGAUCACGAUUCAGGAGCAAACGGACUAAUUCGCUCUGAAAUUCCUCUGGGCCUUCCCUUUAAAAUUGAGUCAUCCCAGAACAGCCAUUAUAAAGUGACCACCACUCGUCCGUUGGAUCGGGAAACCGCACCGACCUAUAAGAUACCUGUCACAGCCUGGGACGCCGGGUCUCCUCCAUUAUCAACAAAUAAAACUAUCGAGAUAUCGGUGUCUGAUGUUAAUGACAGCACACCACAAUUUUCCCAAUCUUCCUACGCCGUCUAUGUGAUGGAGAACAACUCUCCAGGUGGGUCUAUUUUCACACUGACUGCGAUUGAUUCUGAUCUGGACCAGAACUGCUAUAUUUCUUAUUCCUUUUGGGGAAAUUUGCAGGAUUCGCUGGUGCUCACUUACUUCAGUAUUAACUCGAUGAACGGUACCAUUUACGCAUUGCGCUCAUUUGACUAUGAGAAGGUCAAAAGCUUCCAGUUCCAUGUUCAAGCCCGUGACGCCGGAGUGCCCCCACUGAGCAGCAGCGCUACAGUGAAUGUAAUUAUUCUGGAUCAAAAUGACAACGCUCCGGUAAUUGUUUCACCUUCAGCACAGAGCGGGACUGCAGCGGUGGUGAUCCUGCCACAGUCAGCGGGUCAGGGAUACUUGGUCACCAAAAUCAUAGCAACUGAUGCAGAUUCUGGUCAGAACGCUCGGCUCUCUUACCAGAUAUUUCAAGCAACCGAUCCCACUCUCUUCAGUGUGGGGCGUAUUUCAGGCGAAAUCCGAACAGCAAGGAGUAUUUUGGACUUGGAUGAUACCUCGCAGAGUAUAGUCGUCUUAGUGAGGGAUAAUGGACAGCCCAGUCUGUCAGGUACAGCCACAAUCUUUUUGUCAAUUUUGGGCAAUGUUACCGAGACAAUCCCUGAAACUCGGGAUUUUCAUAGUAAUCCUGGUUAUGCUUCUGAUAUAAAUCUUUAUUUGCUUGUCACCUUCGGAUCAACAUCGGUUUCGUUCCUUCUGAUCAUCGUCUUCUUGGUGGUCUUAAAGUGUAAACAAGAUGGUGGUAUUGUUCAAGAUGGCGGCUGCCCGAUUUGUUGUUCCUGUCCGAGGAACUCGAGGGAAGUAUAUAUGCAGGGAGAUGCGCCAAGGGAUCCCCUAAAUUGUACUGGAACUGGUCAGACUGCACCCUUUCCAGAGAGAUAUCAUUACUCGGUAUGCUUGUCACCGGAAUCAUCCAAGAGCGAAUUUCUUUUCCUGAAACCCUACAAUCCUUCCUUUUCUCAAGGUCAACGCUAAUGCACAAAGAUGUGGUAAACGCGACUGUUUU